UUGAAGAACUGCAAAUCGUCUACAUAUUAUGUUUUUAGUAUCGCUGAAAUUAUUGAGCAAGCCGUCGACGAGUUCCUCAAGCUAGAUCCGGACCCUUUGGACGAUCGACAUCCUGCGCGAACUCAUCCGCAUGCUGAAUUUGGAAAUCUUUUGAGAUUAUUAUUCCAUAACGAUGACUUCAUGAAUAAGCUCGUUAUUUCUUAUCUUCUGGGACGUGACCAAACUGAACUCAGUGCGGCUGCAGCUCGUUUACUUCUUGACUGUGUGCCAGGAUUAGAUGCUGCAGUAAUAUUUGCGGUUAGCACAUUCUUUUCACUUAUUUAUCUUCAUCUCGUCAUAUGAGC